UCCACUUCAUCCAAGAAAUCCCCUCCUGCUUAUUUUUCCUCAAAUCCUUUUCCUUAAAGAUGGAACAAGUUCAAAUCAUUUCCACUUGUUUAGUAAGAGCAACAUCAAAUGAAUCAUCUUUACAUAAAAACAUUUCUAAAAUUGAAAUGACACCAUGGGAUUUACAAUUCCUUCUUUUUGAUCCUAAUCAAAAAGGUCUCCUUUUCCACAAACCAAAAGAAGAAAAUAAUAAUAUUUUCAAAUCAUCACUCAUUGAUCAUUUAAAAAAAUCUCUUUCUCAUACGUUGGACUUCUUUCCUCUAUUAGCUGGCCGUUUUUCGAUUGUCGAAAAUACAAAUGACGGUACAAUUUCUUGGUUCAUCAAUUGUAACAAUGCUGGCGUGGAAUUCACCCAUGCCAGAGCUCCAAAUUUAACUGUAUCCGUGAUUCUUGAUUCUACACGCAUACCACUUAUUGUUCCCUCUCUUUUUCCACUAAACAACACUCCAAAUUUCGAAUCUGUUACUAAGCCUUUAUUGGGGGUUCAAAUAACCGAGCUAUUUGAUGGUUUUUUUAUUGGGUGCACUAUAAAUCAUAGCGUAGGUGAUGGAACUUGUUUUUGGCAUUUUUUUAAUUCUUGGUCUGAAAUCUCUCGUGGGUACGAGGUUAUUUUUAAAAUUCCAAUUUUAAAACGUUAUUUUCCUGAAAAAAUGAAUGUUCCUAUUCACCUUCCCCUAAAGUUGGAUGAUGAUAUAUUUUUUGAAACAUUUAAACUUCCGCUGUUACUGGAAAGGGUUUUUCAUCUUAGUAAAGAAAGUAUAGCUAAGCUCAAAGCAAAAGCAAAUUUAGAAAUGGGUGUGAAAUCGAUUUCUUCUUUGCAAGCUUACUUAGCUCAUAUAUGGCGCUCUGUUACUCGUUGUCGGAAGCUUGGUGCUGGGGAAGUAGUAGUCAUCAGCCUUGUUAUAGGUGCAAGAUCAAGAUUAAAUAAUCCUCCUCUUCCAGAAGGGUAUUUUGGAAAUGCAAUUCAUAUCAAGAAAGUAAAAACAACUGCAGGGGAGCUUUUGGAAAAUGGACUAGGAUGGGCUGCAAUGCAAAUACAUAAGAUGGUUAUUUCUCAAAACUCUGAAGAAGUGAUGAAAAUGUACAAAGAUUGGGCUGAAAAUCCAAUUUUAAUCUCUAAAGCCUCACUAUAUAUGGGGAGUACUAAAUUGGCCAUUGGUAGCAGUCCAAGGGAUACCAUAUAUUGUACAGAUUUUGGUUGGGGAAAACCAAUUGGUGUGAGGAGUGGGAUGCCAAAUAAAAGUGAUGGAAAAAUUACAUUAUUUCCUGGUGCAAAAGAAGGAAGUGUAGAUAUGGAAGUUUCCCUUUUUCCAAAGACUCUGCAAGCAUUGGAGAAUGAUCAAGAGUUCAUGGAAGCUAUAACUAAGACUUGAAACUUAGUGACUAAGAUUAUUUUUGUGCUGUACGGCUUAUUUACUCCCCAAUAUGUAUAAGUGCGUGUGAGAGAGAGAGAGAGGGAUUCGGGCUCGUUUGGACAAUGCGAUAUGAAAUCAUUUCAUAUGAAGUUGAUAUUUGUUUGUAUAAGGAAUUUGGAUUUUUUAAAUUGUAUUUUUUCUCAUAAAUAUAAAAACUACACAAAUUGUAAAAA